AUGAUGGUUCCCGUGAUGAAGAAAGGCUACGGCGCGUUUGGCGGGGCCACUCUGGAGAAGUCGAAGCUCGACCUCUCAUUCUCCACCGCCAAAACCGGCGCGCAGAACGGGGAGGUGUUUGACCGCGCGUCCGUGCAGGCGGUGCUGGAGGAGUGGUUUCGAACCAUGGCGGACCUGCCUGCUGGGAUUCGGCGGGCUGUGGAGCCGGGCUUGGUGAGUUCAGCGCAGGUGGCGCGGCUGAUGAGCAUGGACGCACGACCCACCAUUGCCAGACUCAUCUCCCGCCUCGCCCCUCCUGACCUCUCCCGCGCCUUCAUUGGCAGAAUGAUGGCAGACCCAGCCUUCCUCUUCAAGCUCGCACUCGAGCAAGCGGCCACCGUCGCCACAGCAGUGCGUUGGGAAGUGCAGCAGCGGCGCGGGCAGCAGAACGGGCAGCUGAACGGGCAGGAUGGGCAGGGCGUGAAGUCAAAACUUGUCCAAGAAUGGCCCCUAGCCCUGACCAACGUCCUCACUCUCUCCCUCUGCAACCUCGCACUCGUAUGGUGCCUCUCCCCCUCUCGAUCCUACGGCUCUACUGCCACCAAUGAGUUGCAGAUGGCGCUGCAAAAACUGCCCAAUAAUGUUUUCGAUCGCAGCUACGCGCUCCGGGAAUUUAAGCUGCCCGAGCGGGUGGGAAGUUUCUUCUUCAACGCUGCCCGGCUGAGCUUGAUUGGCUCAGCAGUGGGUGCUGCUGGUGGGGCAGCUUCAAAUACUAUACUGAAAGUGAUGCAAGGGAGGAAGAAAGCAGGAGCAGGAGCGUCACAAGAGAAAGAGGGAGCAUCUUCCAGAGGGAGUGGGGAGGCGGAUCAGUAUCAACCAUCUGUAGCGGUGCCAUCGCCAGCAAAGUCGGCUGUAGCAUUUGGUGCUUUCACGGGACUCUCCGGGAACCUUCGGUACCAGCUGCUGUAUGGGGCGGACAGGGUGUUACAGGAGCAUUUCAACCAUAUCCCUGUGGCCAUCCUCGGCACCACUGCCCUGAGGGUCGGCAACAUACUGCUGGGGGAGCCAUCGCGCCUCUCCUGGCUCGGGCUGGACAGCGAAUCUGUGCAGCAGGCACAGGCAGAGCACCGAGCCUACCACCGACCCUCGCUCGCAGGCUCGGGGAAGAGGCUCGGCAAUGGAGGGGGGAAGGCGGGGGCUUACCAAAUGGUUUGGAGGAAGGUGAAGCAGAGGUUUUCUGUGGAGCGGUAA